CUGGCUUGAAGUUGGGUGCGUUCUCUCUCUCUCUGCAAAAGAACAAAUUCGAUCAUAGAAAAUCAAUUUGGAUUUCAAUGCCUCUGGCUCACCGUUGAAUUGAAUUUUGAUGGCUCAACAACCGUCACCAUCGUCAUCGCCUCCACGGCGGAAAACUCCUCCGCCACCGCAGUACGUGGAGGUGAAUUGCAGAAGCUCCGGCAAGACACGGCGGUUUGCGGCUGGCACCGACGCGGGGUUUGCGGUGGCGCUGAUCAAUCGGAAGCUGAAGGGAACGCUGGUGGCUGCGUCGCACAUAGAAGCAGUGAAGGAUGAAGAAGAACCAAUCGCUUUUGGCCCCACUUCGCUUCUUUCUAACUUCGGCGAAGGUUGGAAACUCCAAACUGUUACACUCACGGAUCUUUCUUCAGAAGUGGGGGAUGGACAAUUUCAACAGAUGGCAAUGCAGACACCAGGACUAGUUUCAGGUGUCCCAAGUCCUGCAAGCAGGAUAUCCAAUCCAAUCAGCUUUGUAUAUCUUGUUAAAAUAAUGUUUGCUUUUAUUUUGAUUUUUGUACUUGGUGCAAUUUUUACUUUGUUUCUCGAUAACCUUCCUGCAUUCAUAUUGUUUCUUAAGUCAAUAACCUAGUACCUUUUUUAUUGCUUGAAAUGUAUUAUGUAUAUAUGCAUUAAAUAAAUUGUUCAAUCUAUAGCCUUUUUGUUAAGGACUAGAAUUCAAACUAUGGAAGGAGACGAUGUCAGAAACUGAACUGUGAGAGCAUUGUGUCUCUCUUGAACAUUUCAAUAUUUCAACAUUAAUUUUCUAGGGGCAUGUUUUAGAGUGGUUGUAUAGAAGAUGUCAAUUUAUGGGAACAGUAAUGGAUUCCAGCUCUUAAGGCUUUUCUAUCAGAGUGCAAAUUGGGCAUCAUUCCAAAGGUAGAACUAUUUCCUGAUGGGCUCUAUGCAAUGGUCUAGAAGAUAAACUCUUAUUAUGUUGCUAGAAAACAAUCCUCCAGAUUUACAUGCUUCAAAAUUAUGUCCUAUCAUUGGAGGAUUUUGGACAACAACUGUUAAAUCAGCAGAUUUGUGUGAUCAUAGGACAAGAUAUUGUCCUCCAUCAGGUGGUGGAGAAAGCUUUCGAUGGUCAAUGUGCAUGAAAGUCACGAUUUUUGUUGAAAAUGUGAAAAUAUUAAGAGAACGUACAAAAGUUUCAUGAACUUCAAACUUGAUAUUGAAAGUGCUUCAGUCAUUAUAUCAAGAAGUUGUCUACCAAUUUCUUGACUUAAAUCAAUGUCAUCAUAGUCAUUUAAUUUAA